AUGCGCAUGCGUGAUCAUGAUGAUGUUGGAAAGGGAGAAAUAAGAAAAGAAAAUGCCCGGAAAGAAGCCCCCAAAAAUAUUAAAAGGCUCAGAAGAAAGUCUUUCUGUCUUUCUGUCUUUCUCUAUUUCUUUCUGCCUUUCUUUCUUUCUUUCUUUCUUUCUUUCUGCCUUUCUGUCUUUCUCUCUUUCUGUCUUUCUAUCUUUCUGUCUUUCUUUCUUUCUGUCUUUCUUUCUUUCUGUCUUUCUCUCUUUCUGCCUUUCUGCCUUUCUGUGUUUCUGUCUUUCUCUCUUUCUGCCUUUCUUUCUUUCUCUCUGUCUUUCUUUCUGUCUUUCUGUCUUUCUUUCUCUCUGUCUUUCUGUCUUUCUUUCUAUCUGUCUUUCUUUCUUUCUGUCUUUCUGUCUUUCUCCCUUUCUGUCUUUCUGUUUUUCUCCCUUUCUUUCUUUCUUUCUUUCUUUCUUUCUUUCUUUCUUUCUGUAUUUCUCUCUUUCUGUAUUUCUGCCUUUCUUUCUUUCUUUCUUUCUUUCUUUCUUUCUUUCUUUCUUUCUUUCUUUCUUUCUCUCUGCCUUUCUGUCUUUCAUUCUCUCUGUCUUUCUUUCUUUCUUUCUGCCUUUCUGUCUUUCUGUCUUUCUGUUUGUCUCCCUUUCUGUCUUUCUUUCUUUCUGCCUUUCUGUCUUUCUCUCUUUCUGUUUUUCUUUAUAUCUUCCCUCUUCUUUUCCAUCCUCUUCCAUACUUUACCUUUUUUUCCAUCACUUUCUUCUUUUCCACCCUUGUCUUUGUAUGUUUUCUUUUUUUCCUCACCUUUCCUUCACUGUCUUUGCUUCUUUUCCUUCCUUUACUUUUUCCUCAAUUUUUUUUAUUUCUACUUUUUGUUCAUUUUUCUCCUUCCUUCCCUCUCUUUUCCUCUCUCUCUUCUUUCCAUGCUUUUCUCUAUUUUGAUAUCUUUCUUUUCCUCUUUUCCUUCCUCUCUUUUCCAGUUUUUCUUUUCCUUUCCUUCUUUUUUUUUCUUUCUGUCUCUCAUCUCUUCUUUUCUCUAUUUUUUCCUAUCUUCAUUUUCGUUCUCCCCCCCUUUUCCUUUCUCUUAUCUCUUCUUUUCUUUCAUUCAUAUCUUUUUUUUCUUUCUCUACUAA